AUGCAUGGAAUGAACUCUUUUAAACUAAGUUAUUAAAAUAAAUAUUUACUGAACGUAUGAUAAUAGUAAAUAUAGAGCGCAGGAUUGAUAAAUUUAUAACAAUAGUUUGUUAACAAAAAAAAUGAGAUGAGGUUCCUUCGUCCUCUUGCUUUUUUGCUUCCAGAAGCAGGUAGUGGUAGAACCCACUGUUAUUUGUAUCUGUUCUCAAUACUGUCAAUAGUGAAAAGGCAUCGGUUAAAAAGGUCUAAAGUGUGAAAGAUUUAGAAGACAAACAGCAUUUAGUCUAAAAAGUCUUACUAAAGGGUUUGUCUUCUAAAUCUUUCACUUUUCCUGUUAAAAGUUCAAGUUUAACUGGUUUACCAACAACAGUAACAGCUACUACAGAGUUCACUACUUAGACUUCAUUAUUUUAACUAUUAUAACUUAUGACUAUGAUGAUCACUGUGACUAAAACUAAAACUGUGAUUCAAUGAUCAAUGAUUCAGUCUCACUGAACCCACUCAUUCAGCAGUGAGUACUCACUCAGUCUCAGUGAUCAGUGAGAAUGUUUCUUCCUAAAUUUAAAUAAUAAACAAUUGAAUAAGUUGAAUUAGUAAGCCUAUAACUAUAACUUUAUAUCUAUGACUAUUAUUAUUAUUAUUAAACAGUUUCUGAAUUUCCCAUUUACUAAAGUAAAAGUAAAGUUACAGUAGUAACUCUAACACUAAGACACUUUAUAAUUUAUAAGAUUCCCAUUUGGUGCUUCUCACGCCCAGUACACCACCGCCCCUGAACUAUAUUAAUAUUCUAAUGCCGCACCCCCUUUUACACUGCAGAUUUAUUACACCAAUACCUAUAGCCUACCAAACUGGUGGCAGCAAUGCAGGAACUUCCCAUUUACCAAGCAAGAGACUAAUGUUACUUGACAGAACAUUCAUUCAAAGAAAUGGCUAAUUGGACCCGGGUCCCCUUAGACUAGGGUGACCAAGCGUCCCAUAAAAAUGGGAUUGUCCAGUUUUUUCACGAUCUUACCGUACCCGGUGUCCCGAAAGUCUCUUGGGGUGCCUAAAUGUCCCGUUUCCAAAAUCAAACAUAUUUUCAAAUCACUAAAACUUCCUAAUUUAUAAUAUAACUUAAAGUAAUAUUUUGGCUAGCUGUGUAGCCAGUACCAGUAGUUAUGUGGGCUCACCUGAUGGCUGCACUGUUCCCCCUCCACCACUCUGCCGACGCUGCGUAACCGACAGUGUCCCUGCCAUAGGUCUUAUUUGGAUAAAUAAAUAAGUAUUCACUGCAAAAUUAUUGUUUUCGUUUAUGAUAUGCCUCAGAGUUUAAAUUAAAUUACAAAAGUGAAGAUAAAUUUAAAAAGAUUUCUAGGUCUCAAAAUAGUUAAAAUUAGCAUAUUUCAAUAAACAGUUUCCAGUGGAGGCCCCCUGGACCCCUCUUUAGCUGGAGGAUAUCCCUCCCCCCCCCCCCCAAACAACCCUCCUUAGGUGUGUCCUGUUUUUUCCAGUUCAUGAUUUGGUCACCCUACAUUAGACAAAAUCACUAUUCGGACCCAGCUCGUCAUGUGAGAUCUAUAAUCGGUUAUGUGAUGGUUAUGACGAUUACUUCCUGUAGGUUGGUGUCGCUUUAUAGCCAUUAAUAUCAAUCCAGAAAGGUGUCAUGUUUUCAAUUCACCAAGACUUUCAUGUAGCGCGGAAGAAAAAUGAAGAAGAAUGUGGCGUGCUUUAUGUUAAAUAAAGCUCAAAGAAAGUAAGAAUACGUUUAUUUUUAUAAUUUUAUGUUAUUUUUUAUUCUAUUUUAAAUAUAGUUCUAUGAUUAUUAACAUGACAUCAAGAUCAAAGUUGCUGGUUUUUCCACUGAGUAUCGGAAAAAAGAUGUGCAUGAUUAAAAGAGCUGCUUUUAGUGUUUGAAAACAAAAUAUCAGUAUGCCAUUCAGUUAUAUAAUGUCACAAUUUAAAAUAGCGUUUCAACAUAAACUCUUUCUCCCUCUUUUAAGACAAAAAUUAAAAAAUGAGGACAAAAAACGUAUAAAGAUAGUAAUAUGGUCAAUAGUUGACCUGGGAAACAGAUAUGACCUAUAUACUGUGGAAUAAUUGCAGGCCCUGCCGCUAACUGCAUUUUAUCCCUAAUGUAAUAAUGGGAAAAGUCGAUGGAUAAGACAAUCAAUGUUGAUCAGCCUUCCCUUUUUUUUUUGCGUUCCAGGACAUUUUAGAUUGCAUGCCCAGCCAUUAUGAGGGUAAAUCUGUUGAAAGGUGGGCUGCAUAUAAGGGGUCGUUCGUAAAUUACGUCAUGCUAAAAAUGACCUUUUUAGACACCCCCCAUGUCAUGAAGUGUCACAAAUUCUCCCCCCCUCCUCCGACCCUUCCCCCCCUGUCACGUCACACCUAAAAAAAUUCAAAACAUACAUAAAAUUUUCAUAACUAAAAUAAGAUUUUAUUUUAUUUUUAAAAAAUUUCCCAUAAUGGAUUAAGAGUAUUAUUAGAAAACUGAGUUUCAUAGUACCUAUAAUAUCUGAGGCUAUUAACACCUCAAAUUAAUGUUUUUUAAAUUAAUUAAAGAUUUUUUCAAAGCUAGAAAAUUUUUAGAUUAUGACCCCUUCCCCUGUCACAAAGUGUCAAAAAUUCCCCCCCCCCCCCAAAUAUCUGAGGCUAUUAAAACCUCAAAUUAAUGUUUUUUAAAUUAAUUAAAGAUUUUUUCAAAGCUAGAAAAUUUUUAGAUUAUGACCCCUUCCCCUGUCACAAAGUGUCAAAAAUUCCCCCCCCCCCCUUAGCGUGAAGUAAUUUGCGAACGACCCCUAAGUUGAAAUGGACCACCUGCAACCUGAUUCAUGAAAGCCAUCCCACUGGACAAGAGGUCAUUAAGUCAUUCCUUACUACUUCCGUACUUACUGUUUAUGUCAGAGAAAGGGCAGUAACUCCAUUUUGCAAUUGAUUUACAUUUGUAAAAUAUUUUUUAAGCUGGUAAAUAUUAUUUAUUGUUAAUGAAUUAAGGACAGGACAAAUGCACCAAAAACUGGUUUAAUAAAUACAUAACAUUACUGGUGAAAAAAUAAUGAACAAUGACCAAAAAAUCAAUUUUCGGCACCUUGGACAAACAGAUGCUACAUAUAGACACGCUGAAAUAUAGCACACAUAUUUUUAAGUGAAACAAGAUAAAAACUUGCGGUUUUUAUAUUGAAAUCACGCUGAAUCUCAAGGAAUGGGAGAUUUCAUUUCUAUUUUUAAAUAGAAAUGAGAGAGGUGUGUCGCUAUGUGCUGGGAUGCAUUUGGAUGCAUCCGUGGAAACCCCCAAAGGAUGCAUUUAGUGGCAACCGCCGGGAAUGAAUUAAAAACAAUGUUUUAACAGGCAUACAUGAAUAGGGUUGGAUCCAUUUAUUUUGCCACAAUUACCAUAAGUCACAUUUUUUGUACAUUUUACUACUGCACAGUUUGUCAUAAGUGUGCAAAAUUAUAUACAAGUGUUCAGUUAGAUCUACCAUUAUUCAGUUUUUGGUUUUAUUUGGUUUCAAUACGGUAAUUGCAGAAUAUAUUUAGUUUAUAUCGUAUUUCUUUUGUCUUAUAUCAGUGACACUUUUAUCUAGCAUAGAAACACAAGCCUUUGGUUUUCAACAUUGUCAAGUGAUAAAAUAAGAAAAUUAAUCAUUGUAAUUUUUAUUUUAAUAUAUGAUUAGAAACUAAAUAUUUAGAGAAAGUAUGUCAUUUUAGUGUGAAUUAUAUGUGGGUUUUCCCCAGGUAAUGAACUAAGGUAACAAAACAAUUUUUAGGUUAAAACAGCAAACGAUUAUAUUUUUUUCUACAGUUUUCAAGAUACUACCCUGAAAAUAGGAGGCCAAAAAUGUCAGGACACUUGAUGGAUGUGCUAAACAUUUAAUCAUCAUUAACCAAAGAAAUACAAGAGAUGAUUGUCAAAAAGGAGGGGAAAAUGAUGGGCUGAGACAUUAGAAAUUUGAGACACAAAUUCUGUAACGUCAUACUCUUGGGCCAAAAGACUUAAUAUUGCUUAAUUGACUUAUUAAAAAAAAAAAUUAAAUGAACUAAAAUUAAAAUGGACUUUUUUUCACCUUUUUAAUAUUUUGUAAAAUUCUGCCUUGGCUCAUUUUUGUUUAAAAUAAAUUUGUAUUUACAUUCUUUUUGCAACCCUAAAAAAAGUGUAAGUGUUAUAGUUAAAUGUAUAACUGGUUGUUUGUGCAAGAGAUUUGAAACUUCUAACUAAAUUAUUUUAGAGAAGAUACAGGGUAUCAAAACUACACUUAUGAGUAUGUCAUCUAAAACUUACACCCAUAGUUUUAUAUCACAGAAAUCGCUCUUUUUCUGUUAUCAGUAUUUUAUUUACAAUGUGGCAUGAAUUAGUUGCCUUGAAACCAAACUCCUUUCACAGAUCAAAUAGUUUAUCCUAGUUAUCAAUUCUUAUUUUCAUGAAAAAACGAGACAAACAAUAGUUAACUGUACCAACAAGGAAGGCGAGAAAGUAAAGAGACAAAUGACAAAGGAAUGAUGUGACCUAAGCCUAAAUGAAAGCUUUUAUUGGCUGCCUACUGCAUACUGGCCCUUAAUUUAUUUUAUGGAUUACUGGUGCCCGGUACACAAACUCAAAUAACAAACAACCAAACAAAAAUGUUCACAAGCCAGUUGAGAAGGGUUUUUUUCUAUUAAAUUUUAAAUCAUGCAUCGAUUAGGUACAUCCAGUAGCCAGGUAUGGUAGAAAAAAAUAGUCCCCCAAAAGAGUCUCUUUUUCAUGCUUUAUACAUUUUAUACAAUAGCAUCCUUCAACUUCAAGAUGUUCAUUCCAACUACCUUGAGAAUUGGGUAAAGUAUGAGUAUUAUUAUUGAAAGAAGAUUCGAUAUAACAGGAAAAACAGUCAGUGUCUGGGUGUGUUACUCCCAGUGCCGGGGAAAGGGUCAAAAUUUAAAAUUGGUGGUUUUGGGUAUCUAAUUAGUUAUGAAAUUUGCAUUUAGAAUACCUAAUUAAUCCAUAAAGUACUGUGUAAUUAAAUCUUUUACUUUUAACUUAAACAAGACAGAUAAAUCUAAAUUAAUAAAGGAUUUAAUUUUAAUUAUUACAUUAAUGUUAUUACUUUUCUAAAAUUCUAAUGAAAAUAAAUGUAUCUUUAUCAUCUUGAUUACUAGAUAGAACCUUGAUCUACAAUACAUGGCUAAAAAAUAAAAUUAGGGGAAAAAAUAGAGAAAAAAAACUACUGCUCCUAAGAAAUUUAACUAAGCAAAAAGAAUAAAACUAUGAAUCUAUGAAAUAACAAGGACAAAAAACACAAAGAAAUAUGUUAAUUCUCAUGCUACUUGUUACCACACCAGAGUACGAAUAGCCAUUUAAUCUAAACGAACACACUCCGGGUCCGAAUAGCCAUUUUGUCUAAAGGGACCCAGGUCCGAACAGCCGCAGCGUUCAUUCAAGUAACACACUUUAUAAGAAUCCCAAUUAGUGCCUCCCCCCCGCCCCCUUCUCAGGUUCCCAACCACACAUGUUUUUCAUGUCCCUGAACUAUAUCAAUGUUCUAAUGUCCCACCCCAUGUUCAUACAGUAUUUAGAUUGAGAUCAUGUCCUUUAAAAAAAAAAAAUCACACACCAAUUGCAUUUGCAGUAUUUUUAAGAACCUCAUUUAGCGCAGUUAAUGGGAAUUUUAUUUUGAACAUUAGCCUUAGUGAUGGAUACUGUUACAUAAAGAAUUAUGUUAUUUUGAUUCCAGAAUCAUGCAUAAAACUGUCAGAAUUUUCUUUUCAAAUUGAGCCAAUAAUUUUGAAUAAUAUUUUUUCAGGACCUAAAAUAGCCCUUAUUAUUCUUAAUCAACCCAUAGAUGUACCCCUGCUCAACAAUAUUUGGUGCAAAAGUAAGUUGUUUUUGACUAUAGUCUUUAUUAAAUAAUAAUCUGUAGACCUACAUAUUUGGCUAACUGGGAAAUGUUAAGAACAAGAUAUGGUGAUUUCUAAUAUAGAAAAAAGAGAACAUUGACCUAUGUAUUUUCAUAUUAAUCAAAUAAGUAGGCCCAACUACUCGGCUUCACCUAGCACAUGUUUUUUUUUUUAUACUUUGGAACAUGCUCUGGUGCAUAGAUAUUUUGAUCCCUUUCUUAAGUUGCCACUAAAUGUUUUAUAUUUUGUUGUUGAUGUAGGCACAUUCACAGCUGUUACUGACGGAGGAGUGAAUCGAUUGCACAAGAGCUUUGGAGAUAAAAAGGAUGAAUUUUUACCCAACAUUAUUACAGGGGACUUUGAUUCAGCCACUUCUGCUACUCUAGAGUAUUACAAGAACAAGGUGAGGGCUAUUGUUUUAAAAGAAAUUAAAGGGGGAAAAAUUAUUAAAAUUCUAGUUGGAUACUAAGGCUAAAGUUUCAAGUUUGUAAGACAAUUUUUUUAAAAAUUCCUUGUUGCAGAACCAUACUGAGACACAUUUUUUAUUUAAAACAACCAAACAUUAUAUGGCAAUGUUCCAGCGUGUCUUUCAAUUAUCCCAAAUAUUUGAAGAAAAAAAUGUUUGAGAUACAUUAUACUAUUGGGGCAUCUCAGUCUGAAUUUUUAAAUGUUCAUUCAUAUCUUUGUUUUAUUUUAUAUGUAAAUGUAAAUGUGCCAGUUUUAUCUCAGGAAGUGUAUCUUAAAUGGUAAGAUGAUUGGAGUUACAGCAAUUUGUGUAUAUUUUUCAUCCCGGGCCAAGUUGGCUGCUGUCUUUGAUGGUUAAUUUUUUUUUUGCUCAGUGUCUACAUUCUCCCAAAAAUGCCUGUAUUACAUUAUAGAAAAUUCAGUUUCAUUUAAUUAUCUACAGCAGAGUCAAUAGCUGUCUCACUUGAUAGAUGAGUCAAAUUCCACUUGUCUAUUUAUCUAAUCUAUUGCAGGCCACAAAUGGGAAACUUGUACCUCUUGGCAGAGAUGCAGACAAAGUAAAAAUCACAUCACAGGACCAAUAAUUUCUGCUUGAAAAGCUUUUAACAGCUGUUGAAGUAAAGAAGACAUUAAGUUAUGCUUCAAAUAAAUCACAAAUAGUAUUUCUUCAAUAGGUCAAUUAUGGUUUGAUAUUGAGAUUAUUUGAGAUUAAUAGGAAAUUGAAUCCCAAAAUCCAAGAGCUGAAACAAUUUCUCAGACAUUACAAAUCUCAGGAACCCUUUAUGAGAUUAACUUUUAAUGACAUUUUGCUACAUGCCCACUAUGCUACCUGCUACCGGUACAUGCCCACUAAUCUACCGGUACAUGCCCACUAUGCCAUCUUCUUCUGGUACAUGCCGACUAUGCUACCUGCUAUCGGUACAUGCCCACUAUGCUACUGGUACAUGCCCACUAUACUAUCUUCUUCUGGUACAUGCCCACUAUUCUACCUGCUACUGGUACAUGCCCACUAUGCUACCGGUACAUGCCCACUAUGCUACCGGUACAUGCCCACUAUGCUACCGGUACAUGCCCACUAUGCUACCGGUACAUGCCCACUAUGCUACCGGUACAUGACCACUAUGCUACCGGUACAUGCCCACUAUGCUACCGGUACAUGCCCACUAUGCUACCGGUACAUGCCCACUAUGCUACCGGUACAUGCCCACUAUGCUACUGGUAUAUGCCCACUUUGCUACCGGUACAUGCCCACUAUGUCAUUAAUGGCUUGAUCAUAUGUUUUUAAUUUUUGCUUAAUAUCAUUUCAGAAUGUUGAUAUAGUGGCCACACCAGACCAAAAUGAAACAGAUUUCACCAAAUGUUUGAGGAUUGUUACAGAAAGAAUGGAUAAAAACACGGUUAGAGGAUUUUCUUUAGUCAUAUGAAAUUAUUAUUUUGUACCGGUAUACAUGUAAGUAAAUUAACAUAAAAUUUGUAAUACCCUCUGAAUUUUAAUACAGUAGAGUGUCAAGUAUCCAAAUGCAGACUGUCCAAAGCGUUGGUUAUCUGUUACUUUUAUUAGGCUGUUGUUAUUAUUAUUGUUGUUCGUCCGUCGAGGAUCGACGAUGACCAUCGAGUCGUCUGGUGACUGAUGACUUGCGCGGGUGACUUUUGUUUAAAGUGAGGAAGAGUUGCGCAGCGUCAACCUCACUCUCUCGUCCGGGCCCACCAUAUCCAGUGGCAAGACUCUAUGUCAAGACGACCAGGGAUGGGUACGGUUGCAGGAAUGGACAUUGUAUGCGCCUUACGGGACUCCAACUCCGGGUUUGAAUUCAGAGUUUCCUUCUCUUAGAUGAGUUGCCGACCAAGGUUAACGAGUCUCAUCCACCCGGGUUGAUGUUUUUGUUAUUAUUAUUAUUGUACGCAAUAUGCAUGACAUGGAAAUUUGUGUACAAAAAUUGGAAAACAAAGCAGACCCCUGUUGCAAAAUCCAGGUAAAUUCUAGAAACAUGCUGGCACUAAUGUAAGAAUAUUUUGCAUUCUUUCCACAAAUUUUGUGUGUCCAGCCCCCCUGUAGCAGUGUUUGGUUAUAUGCAAAGUUUGCCAUCCACAACACCCCAGAUCCCAUUUUUUCAGAAAAUCAAAGCUCUCCUGGAAAAGUUUAUGAUACUCAUAUUUAAAAGAAAUUUUUUAUUUCUCUCAUUCUGAUUUUUAAAAGAUGUUUAAUGUAAAAUUAUUGUAAAAUUGUAAACUUUUCAAUUGGAAAUCUCAGAUUUCUAAUUCAAAUAGUUAUUUAUAUUUUAGUUAUAGAUUCAAUGCUCAUGUUAGUACUUUCUCUAUGUGGCAUGCAUGUCAACAGCUGUGGUUAUUGCUAUCUCAAGACCCAGCCAAUUCUGGAUCUAGUUCAUGGGUCGGUUCAUAUCAAGUUUUAAUUGUGUUUGUUGACUUGAACAGUAAACUCAAAGAGACAAAAAUGAUUUUAUUACAAUUUUUCUUUUUUUAAAUCACGUUUGAAUAUCAUUCAUACAUCCAUGCUGCUUCUGCUUAUUUUUGAGAGUUGAUUUUCAGCAUCCUUCAUUUGAAUACCAAAUAAUGUAAUUAUUUUUUUGAGAAUGACAUGAGGUUAGCAUUAACAAAAUCUGAAAAUGUAAAAUAUCUUAUUAACAAAAUUUUAAUCAUUGCGUUAGACAUAUCAUAAAUUAAGGUUAUUAAAAUUAUUUUGAAUGAUAUUUUACCGAGAAUCCUAUUUUAAUUUGUUUCUCUUAUGCCAUUAAAAAUACAUUUCGAUGUGUCUUUGGAUCACGGGUCACUUUAAUGUAUUUGGUUCACUUUGCUGCUAUAAAAUGGAGUUGCAAACAAAAAUGUUUAGAAACAUUUGCUCUAGCUAGUACAUUCAUUUAGCUAUGCUGGGUAAUGUUGAAAUAUUUUGUUGGUGUAAUUGCAUGCAUAUGUUAACAGCUUUAACAGCUUUGGUACUUGUUAUUUCAAGACCCAGCAGAUUGUUGCUGUGGGAGCAUUUGGAGGACGCAUUGACCACACUCUGGCUAAUAUGAACACAUUGUUUACAGCUCUUUCAAUGACCAAAGUCCCUGUCAUGCUACUGUCAGAAUCAUCACUUGGACUUUUGUUAGACAAGGUAAACAGCAUAUUUGUAUGUUAGUGGACUCUUUUGAAGAUGCAUCGUAAAAGAGGGAGAUCAUCUGGUGUAGUUGUAAAGAAUUAGGGAAGCAUUGAAUGUUUUUUGCUUCAUUAAUUAUUUUAAAAAAUAAAUCUCAACAGGGUGAUCACACAUUGCGAUGUGAUACUGGACUGGAAGGGGAAUGGUGCGGUUUAAUUCCAUUGGGUCAGCCUGCAGACCAUGUGACCACCACAGGCCUUAAAUACAACCUGAGUAAGUUUGAGUUCAUCUGUAAGAAAAGAUAAUUCAAAUUGUUAUUAAGACAUAAAAUAGAUUCAUAGCAAACACAGAGUAAAUCACGGCAGCCAACAGUUGAUGUCAACGUCUGUCAUUAUUGAAUGACUUCAAUGUAGGCACAUGACUUGAGCUAAGCAUUGGAGCACAUAGGUCAAAAUCAAAGGUCAUAUUCUGGAUUAAUUAAUUACAUCUUGAAUGAGUGUGGAAAUAAUUUUAUUAAUUAAAAGGAAUUUACUGAAUUGGUAAAUAAUUUAUUUCUUCUUAUUUCUCCUCUAUGAUAUUUGGAUUCAAAGAAUGAUAACUAAUAUUUUAAUUUAGUUUCAACAACAGUCAACUUGUGGGUCAAUGUGGGGUAGAAUACACUCUCAGAAAUUCUUUUUGUCUUUAUUUUUUUUAUAUGAAAGGAGCAAUGUGUUAUUUCUGGAAAAUGAUUUUAUAUUGUAAAAAGUACCUGAAAUAUAUUUUCAAUUUUAGCUGAUGACCGAAUGAGUUUUGGGGAGCUAAUCAGCACGUCCAACACAUUGGCAGACACCACUGUGACUGUUACAACUGACCAACCAUUACUGUGGGUCAUGGAGUACAAAGAAGUCAAAUGAGUUACAUCCAGUUGAUGAGCACAUCAAAGACAUUGGUAUUAGCCACUGUGACUUUAAAAUUGACAGACAGUGGGUUUGAAGGGAGUUUAAUUCAUUAUCUUCCCUCUCACCGACGAUGGUGCCUUAAAUGUUGAAGGGAGGAAACCUAAAAAAUUUCUAUGAAAAGUGUUGGAUACUUUUAGUUUAGAUUGACGAUCAGAGUUUGUGUAAGAUUUAAGUUUAUUAAAUCCAUGAUAUCCAUAAAAUUAUGUAAUAAUUUUGAAUUAAUUAAUUAAAUCGGUGGUUCUCAACAUUUUUAAACCCUCUACAAGCCAAGCCUCCUGGGCCUUUUCUACUCCUUGUGACCAAGCAAAGGGGCAUUAAUCUAUUUCUAAUCAAGAGUUCUUCUUCUUAUCAAUCCACUAAGAAUAAACUAAGAGCAGGAGAGCAGUGGAUUUGUAAUUAAGAAACAAAUGACACUUUAGCUUCUGUAUUUAAAUUGCCUUGGCAUUAGUUAAAACUGAAUACCCUUGAGAUGUAGAAGAAACCAAUAAUGAACAUUUCCGUUUGAAUACCAGGAGCUGGUUGUGGAGGCAAUGUGCUAAAUAGCCACAGUAAACAAAAUUAAGUAGGUGGUUUCUUGAAUGUCAACGUAACCUUUUGUUGAUUUAGUUUAUUUUAAUGGAUUGCUUGAUUUACACAUUGUCAUAGCCAGGAAAAGUAAUUGUCAUAGCCAACAAUUGUAAUCUUAUAAAUAAACAAUAAAUCAUGUCUUCCCAAAGAAAUAAUAAUGGGAAUCUUUGCGGGAUGAUUUCUGUUUGGGGAUAUUUUCUGGUGCUGGUCAUAUUGUGGAUGAUUGUGCAUUUUUUGCAGAAAAUAGUCAUGGGGUGCAGUUGAGUGGGGGGGAUUUGUUAUUAACUAUAAAAUCUCAUUUUUAAAUUUAUGUUAAACUAUAUUUUUAGUACUUUAUAGGACCAUGCACACAUAUAAUGGGUAGGGGGUGGUGUAUUAUUGUGUUAUAUGGGAUAGCGAGCAAUGUUAAAUAACAAUUCUUUUUUUAUUUUUUUAAUCAAUUCUCAUUUUUGCAAAAUUUCUGAUGUUCACAUUCACGCAAUUAGCCUAGAUCAGGCCUGCACAACAUAUGGCCCCGCGGGCCGCAUAUGGCCCGCCAGCAGCCACUUUGUGGCCAGCGAGAUAUCGAAAUAUUCUUUAUUCGUAUUAUUUUCUAAAUAGCUUUUCCCGUCCUAUUUUCUUUUGGCCCGCACAAGUCCUGUCCUGUUUUCUCUUGGCCCACACAAGUUUUUCAUAAAGUAUUACGGCCCACCUUACAUUUUGAGUUGUGCGGGCCUGGCCUAGAUCAUUCAAAACUAAAAUUUAAUUUUUGCAUACAAAAAUAUGCCUUUUUUAUAUGAUAAUCAUCCAUCUUUUAGCUUGAGAUUUGCUUUGUUUCAACUUGUUUUUUCAACUAGAAAUGUUAUAUAAUAUUAGGUGGAGGGUGCCAAUGGAAAUGUUAUUAUAAUGUUAUUAGAGAUAAAUAUGUCAUAUUUUAUUUGACAUAAUGUGUGCACGGCUCCUGUUAUUCCAACUGUAGGCCUCAGUUUUUUCACACAAUGUGUCAACUAGGGCUGGAGCUUAAAAUUGAGAUGUUGCAAAAAGAAAAUUCAUUGAUUAAUCGGAAAAUUUAAGGGUGCAGCUCAUAAUCAGGAGUGGUUUAUACUCGGGACUAAACUGUAUUUAUUGACUAAAAAAAACCAUUUGAAUAUUUAUUUUUCUAAAUAUAUGUACAUUUUAGAUUAAAACUCUUGAAUUUGUUUUAAUUCAUUCCAGUACCGGGAUAUAAAUUUAUGGUGGAAAAAAAAAAAGAAGAUUUUUAUGCAUUUUAAGAUAACUCAAACAUCUUUUGUGGAAGAACUGGAAAUUGGUCUGUUUGUAUUAAUAAAUUCUGAUGAAAUGAAUUGUGUUUGUAUAAACCAAUAGCUAUUGGCUAAAAUUGAAGAACAUCUCAUGUCUUGAUCAUUGUUUUUAUUGCACUUAAUUACAAUUAAAACCAGGAAGUUAACAUUCAUGAUUUGGUAAAAAUGAGAGUAAAAAGGUAUUGAUUUGAAGUGAGUCCAUUUUCUAAGUUCCCUAAAUAAUUGUAUUGAAUCUAAUUUUUGUCUCCUUUCCCCUGCCCCAUAAUUGAGUAUAAACAAAGGUCACAUGUCAAUGGGUGUUGAUUAAUUUGCCAUAAUAGUUUGUGACAGAAUGCUGGUAAGGAUUGAACAUUUUAUUUAACAGCUUUUUAAAAUAUGCUUUUAACAGCUUUUCCUUGAUAUAAAUCCACAUGUGUAUGAUACCAAUGAUAUGUCUUUGUUAAAAAAUAUUAAAAAUUUUUUUUGACUAUUUUAAUUUAAAUUUAAGUGAUAUAACUAUUUGGCUAGUUAACUCAAAUUAUGUUUUAGUGGUGCAUUUUUAAAUGUUAAAGAAUAAUUGGCAAACAAAAGUUUCAUUUAUCUCGAUGUCCUAGUUGAUAACAUUUGAUCUCUGACAUUCAAGCUGAGUCAGAAUAGUUAAUUAUUUAGUGAAACAUUUCUGAUUUUACUUUUUGGAGAAUGUGUUAUCUGAUAAUUUGAUGCACCAUAUCUUUGACAAAUACUUAUGGCUGUGUGAUGUUUACUAUGUUAUUUAGCUACAUUGUCUUUGAAUGCAUAAAAUUGUAUGCUUAAUUCUAUUGGAGUUGCAAUUACAUUAGGUAAAAAAAUAUUAAUUUACAUAUUAAACCUCAGAUAUGGGACCAUAACAUAUUUCUUUUUUUGCUUUUACUAUUUUUGACUUUCUUCUUCUAGAUAUCUGUCACAUUCUAUUGUAUUACAUUUAUUUAAAUAAUUUAACUCUAGAUCCAGGUUAAGACAAGCUCAUAGCAGGCAAAGUUAGGUUUUAAAGUUGAAUAAUGUCUAUUAAUUUUUUUUGAACCACAAGUUUCACAAAAGUUUUAUCAUUAAAAAUAAACACUUUUAAUAUAAAAAAACACAACUGAAUGUCAAAUGAACACUAUUUGUAAUUAUUUGUAAUAUAUAUAUGUCUAAAUUCUGAUUACUACAAUAAUUUUGAACCUCCAGACUGUGAGGUCCUAAACUAUAUUUUUAGAUCAAAAAAGGUGAAGCACAAUGCAACAUGUAUCCUCUGUGUGACAAAUUACAUUUUGAAACAAAGAAGAAGAUUGUUACAAAA